GUUGAGGUAGCUUUCUCCUCCUCACAGGUUCUGGUACAAGAGAACAAUUCAUCUACGAGGACAUUGGCACUAAACAGGCCUCGACACAUGAAUGCUCUCUCUCUUGAAAUGUUCUCUCGGCUAUCAGACCUGUUCCUCGCCUAUGAUCAUGAUACCAAAGUCAAACUCGUCAUGCUCAAAGGUACUGGAAAAGCAUUUUCUGCAGGCGGUGAUAUCGCUGCUAUUGCUCGUCAUCUCACCAAUGGUGAUUGGAGGUCUGUUGUCAAAGAGUCCGAUGAGGCCUAUAAAUUACUGUUCUUGAUAGCAACAUACAGUAAACCCCAGCUUUCAGUUCUCAAUGGCAUAGCCAUAGGAAGGGGAGCCUGUAUUUUUUUACCCUCUAAAUUCCGUAUAGUAACGGAGAAUUCAACAUUUUCUAUUCCAGAGACAGCUUUAGGAGGGUUUCCUGACAUGGGUGCCUCUUAUUUCCUGUCGAGAUUUCCAGGAUUUUUUGGAGAGUAUCUUGUCCUAACUGGUGCCAAAUUGGAAGGACCUGAAAUGCUUGCUUGCGGUCUAGCAACUCACUUUGUUCCGGCAACCAAAUUGACUUUGCUAGAAGAAGCACUAGCAUGCAAAGUUGCUUCGACAAACGAUAGCACCUCAAUCACUGAUCUUCUAUUUUAUAUUUCAGCUGUUAUAAAUGAAUAUUCAGUUCAACCAGCUUUGAAAGAAACAGGUAGCGCUUGUCACAAAAUGGAUGUUAUCGAAAAGUGCUUUUCGAACAGAACAGUGGAAGAGAUUUUAAGUGCACUCGAGAAGGAGGCUGAUACAUAUCUUGAGGAUGAUCCAUGGAUGUUAUCCACAAUUCAAUCACUUAAGAAGGCGUCGCCAACAGGUUUGAAGAUUUCUUUGAGAUCGAUUAGAGAAGGAAGAUCGCAAGGACUCGGUGAGUGUCUUGUUCGAGAACAUAGAAUGCUGUAUCAUCUUGUAAGGGGAAAAGUAAGCAGAGAUUUCAUAGAGGGUUGCACAACACUACUGUGGGAUAAGAAUAAGAUCCAUAAGUGGAACCCUUGUAAGUUGGAGCUCGUCACUGAUCAGAUGAUCGAUCUCUUCUUCUCCAAGUUGGAUGAUGAUGCAGAGCCCGAAGAAUUAAAGCUCCCUGAAAGAUCCAACUUGCGUACCAUUGCCAAGUUAUGA